CGCCAGCAGCGAUACAACUACGCCAAACUUCGCUGUUUUAUUCCCCUGUAAAUUAUUGUCGUGUGAUUGAGGGAUUUGCUUCAGUUUGCUCCCAUUGGUGAUGGACAUAUUGCAGUUCUACACACUCUGACACUCUUGAGCGCAGACUUAAAUCCGACAGCCCUCUUACGAGGGACUGUAGGGUAAAGGGGAUUCCACACGUGGGGAAAAUCCACAUCUGACAGAUUCCAGCAUGGACUUCUUUGACGAUCCUAACCUGUUUGUGGGAGGUCUGGACAGCCUGGCAGAUGAUGGCUUCACACCUGGACAGGUAUCUUUGGAGGAUGAGCUCAGUAUUGGCUCUGGAUUUGGGUCCCUUCCAGCUGACACCAUGGGUGGAGGGAAGCAUCCUGGUAUGGCACCCAGGACCUCUACCUCUGCCAACCAGCAUGCAAUGGCCUAUGGACAACAGAUGGGGCAUUUCGAUGGUAUAAAGACUCAGAAUCCUAUUGUGCAGUCCUGCUCAGGUCCAGAAAGUGGAGCUGGAGGGGAUGCGUUCAUGGCUCAGCAGGCCCAGUUUCAGGGAUCACCUAUGAACCAAACACCCCAGUCCAAUGGACUGUUUCCCAGCACCAAUGCUAUGUGGGGCAACCAUGACCAGAAUGGGAAUACAUACCACCAGCAGCUCCAGCACCAACACAAACAACAACAACAACAACAACAACAGCAUCAUCAGCAACGCCAUCUUCAGCAGUAUCAUCACCAACAUCAACAGGGACAGCACCCACUCACAAACCAGCAACGCCUUUCUCACCAGCAGGUGAACCCUCGGGGUUUACACCAGCACGGCGAGACCUACCAGGAUCACCACAAUUUCUACUACCAGGGCAACAUGCCUCAAAACCAGCCACAGCAAGGUCACCACAGCUCCCUCGGGGUGGAAGGGAGAUCUUACCAUCAUGGAGUUGUCCAUGGUGGUCAGACUCAGUCAAAAUCGUAUCUCGGGGCCUCAAACCAGAUGAUGUCUUCGGCAUCCCAGCAGCACAGCGGGUUCCAGUUGUCCCAGGAAGUUCAGAGGUUCCCUGUCUCUGGUUCAGAGGACAGUGGAUUGGGCUUCUCCAUACAGUCCUCCCCUGUGCCCCAUGUAAUGUCCUCUUGCUCUGCAAGCCUCGCCUCAUCCUACCCUUCCUCUCAAUACUCCUUCUCCAAUCAGCCUACGUCGGUUCUCGAUGCGACUCGACCGCUCUCUUCGGCCUUGGGCCCCAUGACAACCACCACUUCCUCCAUUCUGCCAUCUGGACCUGACCUCUCAAGAUCAGAUUGCCCGUAUUCAUCAGCUUCUGUAAUGAGGCAACAGCAACAACAGCGGGGGUCUCAAGGCCAGAUCCCAGUCAGUCAGACAGAGGAGUGUCCUUUUCGCUCCCUUCAGCACUUGAAAGCAGGACAAGAUGCUUAUAGUUCUUCCGAGAUGUUCUCAGAUCCACUGAACUCCUUCCCAGGUUCAGAGGGCCACUUCCCUGCAGAGCAGCAGAGGAGCUGCGAGAUGACUGGACACCAGGUUACCAACUCCAACAUUACUAGCAAUGGAUAUCCAGCUCUGGAGGAGGCUCUGAUGGAGGAACACCAGACUGGCGAUUUUGGGGAUCUUGAAGCGCCCGAUCUUUUGGGUGAUGAACUCUUGCCCCAGUUGGAAGCUACUUUUAAUCAUCCAGAGGACUCCAACUGUUCCUGGACCAGUAGGACACAAGGGGAAAUACAAGAAGAGGAGGAGGAAUCCAUACCUCUGGGAUAUGAAGCACAGCCUCCUAAGAACGCUAAUGGUCCCAGUAGUCAGACGCGGGUCCUCAGCCCUCCGAUGAAGAGCAGCUCAUCUUCCUCAUCCUCGUCCUCAUCCUCGUACUCGUCGGCGUCGGAGAGGAGGGCUCAGAAACGACAGGCGCAGCAGACGACAGACCUGGCGGCGGCCGUCAUGGAGGACAAACAGCAGAAAGCCAAUCGGAUCAUUUCAGAGGCCAUCGCUAAAGCACGGGAGCGAGGCGAAAAGAACAUCCCUCGCGUCAUGAGUCCAGAGAGCUUCCCCUCGUCUUCGGAGCACCGAGGACACCGCUCCACCACCAAGUCUCGCUCCAAAGACAAGAGCUCCAAGAAAGCACGCAUCAUCUCCUCCACCAAGCCCAAACAGAAAGCCAAGAUCGGGAAAAUUGUCAUUAAGUUUGGAAAGAAGAAGAAACGGAAGACGGAGUCCUCCGAAGAACUAUCAGACGAUGAGCCGCCGCUACGACGUCCCUCCAAAGACGACGAUUCAAAGCGGCGGUCGAACAGACAGGUGAAGAGGAAAAAGUACGCUGAAGACGGGGAGUCUAGAGUGUCUGAUGAGGAGAUGAAGGUCAUUGUUAAAGCCAAGAAGACCAACACUACGGCACGCAAAGAGCCCGCGGUGCAGCUGUUUGUGGAAAACCCCAGCGAGGAGGACGGGGCAGUGGUGGACAAGAUCAUGUCCUCUCGACUGGUCAAAAAAGAGGUGUCUCCAGGAGUCAUGGUUGAAGUGGAGGAGUUCUUUGUGAAAUACAAAAACUACUCAUAUCUGCAUUGUGAGUGGGCGACAGAACAGCAGCUGGAGAAAGACAAGAGGAUCCAGCAGAAAAUCAAACGCUUCAAGAUCAAACAGGCCCAGAGAGCUCACCUCUUUGCUGAUAUGGAGGAAGAGCCUUUUAACCCUGACUAUGUGGAAGUAGACAGAGUUCUUGAGGUCUCCUACUGUGAGGAUAAAGGAGAGCCGGUGGUGUAUUACUUGGUGAAGUGGUGCUCUCUGCCGUAUGAAGACAGUACAUGGGAGCUGAAGGAGGAUGUGGAUCAGAGUAAGAUUGAGGAGUUUGAGCAGCUGCAGGCAGCAAGGCCAGACUCCCGCAGAGUGGAACGACCUCCAGCCAAUCUGUGGAAGAAGAGAGAGCAGUCGAGAGAGUAUCGCAAUGGGAACCGGCUCAGGGAUUACCAGCUGGAGGGGGUCAACUGGCUCCUCUUCAACUGGUAUAACAGGAGGAACUGUAUCCUAGCUGACGAGAUGGGUUUGGGCAAGACCAUUCAAUCCAUCACAUUCCUGGAAGAGAUCCAUCGCACAGGCAUCAAAGGACCCUUCCUCAUCAUUGCCCCCCUUUCCACCAUCACUAACUGGGAGAGAGAGUUUAAGACGUGGACUUUUCUCAACGUCAUCGUUUACCACGGCAGCGUCAUCAGCAGACAGAUGCUCCAGCAGUACGAGAUGUACUUCAGAGAUUCUCAGGGUCGAGCGAUCAGAGGUGCGUACAGGUUCCAGGCCGUCAUCACUACGUUUGAGAUGAUUCUUGGCGGUUGUCCUGAGCUCAACGCUAUCGACUGGCGUUGCGUGAUCAUUGACGAAGCUCAUCGUCUCAAAAACAAGAACUGCAAACUGCUGGAGGGGUUCAAACUCAUGAACCUGGAACAUAAGGUGCUUUUGACGGGGACCCCUCUACAGAACACAGUUGAAGAGCUGUUUAGCCUUUUACACUUUCUGGAACCAGCGCGCUUCCCCUCAGAAAACACCUUCAUGCAGGAGUUUGGAGAUCUGAAGACAGAGGAACAGGUUCAGAAACUGCAGGCCAUUCUGAAGCCGAUGAUGCUGCGACGUUUGAAAGAGGACGUCGAGAAAAAACUGGCCCCAAAGGAGGAGACCAUUAUCGAGGUGGAGCUCACCAACAUCCAGAAAAAAUACUACCGUGCCAUCCUGGAGAAGAACUUCUCUUUCCUGGCCAAAGGAGCCGGCCAAGCCAACGUGCCCAACCUGGUCAACACCAUGAUGGAGCUUCGCAAAUGUUGCAACCAUCCCUACCUCAUUAAAGGUGCUGAGGAGAAGAUUCUGGAAGACUUCCGUGAGGUGUACAGCCCUGCAGCCCCAGACUUUCACCUGCAGGCCAUGGUACAGUCAGCGGGUAAACUGGUCCUUAUAGACAAGCUCCUGCCCAAGAUGAAGGCCGGCGGGCACAAGGUCCUCAUCUUCUCCCAGAUGGUGCGAUGUCUGGACAUCCUGGAAGACUACCUCAUCCAGAGAAGAUACCUCUAUGAGCGGAUAGAUGGGAGAGUCCGUGGGAACCUGCGACAGGCAGCAAUAGACCGGUUCAGUAAACCCGACUCGGACCGCUUUGUCUUCCUGCUCUGUACCCGGGCCGGCGGGCUCGGCAUCAACCUGACCGCCGCCGACACCUGCAUCAUCUUCGACUCUGACUGGAAUCCCCAGAAUGACCUGCAGGCUCAAGCUCGCUGUCACAGGAUUGGCCAGAACAAGGCCGUGAAGGUUUACCGCCUGAUCACCAGAAACUCGUACGAGCGGGAAAUGUUUGAUCGCGCCAGCCUCAAGCUGGGAUUGGACAAGGCCGUGUUGCAGAGUAUGAGUGGGCGGGAGAACAGCUUAGGGGGCGGGCAGAUACAGCAGCAGCUGUCUAAGAAAGAGAUUGAGGACCUGCUGCGUCGUGGGGCGUACGGCGCCCUCAUGGACGAGGAGGAUGAGGGCGCCAAGUUCUGCGAGGAAGACAUUGACCAGAUCCUCCAACGCAGGACCAAGACCAUCACCAUCGAGUCGGAAGGACGGGGCUCCACUUUCGCCAAAGCCAGUUUUGUAGCAUCAGGGAACCGAACAGACAUCUCUCUAGACGACCCCAACUUCUGGGAUAAAUGGGCUAAGAAGGCAGAGAUUGACCUGGAUACAGUCAACGGCAGAAAUAGCCUGGUGAUCGACACGCCCAGGGUACGGAAACAGACGCGGCCGUUCAGUGCCACUAAAGACGAGCUGGCCGAGCUGUCGGAAGGAGACAGCGAAAACGACGAGAAACCCAAACUUCGCAGGCCACACGAUCGCCUCAACAGCUACGGCCGCACCGAGUGUUUCAGAGUGGAGAAAAACCUCCUCGUUUACGGGUGGGGCCGAUGGAAGGACAUCCUCCUUCAUGGGCGUUUUAAGAGGCAGCUGACGGAGAGGGACGUGGAGUCCAUCUGCAGAGCUUUGCUGGCCUACUGUCUGGUGCAUUACCGUGGUGAUGACAAAAUCAAGAGUUUUAUGUGGGACCUGAUAGCACCGACCGAAGACGGUCAGACCAAGGAGCUCCAGAACCAUCUGGGGCUCUCGGCACCCGUGCCUCGGGGCAGGAAAGGUAAGAAGAUGAAGACCCAGUCCAGUUCGUUUGACAUCCAGAAAGCCGAGUGGAUCAGGAAACACAACCCAGAACACAUGUUGUCAGACGACGGAUACAAGAAACACCUGAAACACCACUGCAACAAGGUUCUGUUGCGGGUCCGAAUGCUGUACUAUUUGAAACAGGAGGUAAUAGGAGCACAGUCACAGAAAGUACUGGACGGCGUGGAUGCCAGUGAGAUAGACAUUUGGGUGCCCGAGCCUGACCAUGCAGAGUUACCCACACUGUGGUGGGAUGCUGAGGCAGACAAGAGUCUACUGCUCGGAGUCUACAAGCACGGCUAUGAGAAAUAUAACACCAUUCGCGCGGACCCAGCCCUGUGUUUCUUAGAGAGAGUGGGGCGGCCCGAUGAAAAGGCCAUCGCUGCUGAGCAAAGAGCUAAUGACUUUAUGGAUGGGGAUGUUGAUGACCCAGAAUACAAGCCUGCCCCGGCCUUGCUGAAGGACGAUAUGGAGGACGAUGCCUCUUCUCCCGGAGACCUGCUCAUCGCAGACACGGGGGGAGAUGGGGGAGCUGCUCUAGAUAACGGAGGUGCGGCAGGCGGCGUGGGCGGGGCUUACUGGCCCUCUCCGUCUGCGCUGACGGCCAGGCUGAGGCGUCUGAUCACGGCCUCGCAGCGCUUCACUAAGAGCAGACAGAUCCUCCAGAUCCACCAGACGCAGCAGGCCAUGACCCCUGCCCUUUACCCUCUGCCCCCCACGCUCAACGACACGCUCAACCCCAAAAUCGCAGCCAAGAUAGAGAGACAGCAGAGAUGGACAAGGCGUGAGGAGGCAGAUUUCUAUCGUGUGGUCUCGACGUUUGGGGUGGUGUUUGAUCCUGAUCUGGGUCGUUUUGAUUGGACGAAGUUUAGAGCCAUGGCUCGACUGCAUAAAAAGACAGACGAGAGCCUCCAGAAAUACCUCUGCGCCUUCACCGCCAUGUGCCGGAGAGUGUGUCGCCUGCCGCCCAGAGACGGAGAUUCAGUAGACCCUUCUCUCUCCAUCCAACCAAUCACAGAAGAGCGUGCGUCUCGGACUCUGUAUCGGGUGGAGUUACUCCGUCAGGUGCGAGAGCAGGUUCUGCGUCACCCUCAGCUCUACGAGCGUCUGGCCCUGUGCCAGCCGGGCCCGGACCUGCCCGUGUGGUGGGAACCUGGGACCCACGACAGGGACCUUCUGAUCGGAGCGGCCAAGCACGGCGUCAGCCGCACAGACUACCACAUUCUCAGAGACCCCGAGCUCUGCUUUAUGGCUGCCCAGAGAAACUACAGCCAGAACAAGGGGACCCAACCGCAAAGCCAAGCCCAGGUCCAGGGGCUUCUGCAGGCAUCCACACGCACACCCACACCCCUGCUACACCCACAGCAGCAGCAGCAGCCACCGGCGGCGUCGUCGCCUCCAGCCGCCCCGAGCCAGCGGGAGGAGAACGCGACACCCAAAGAGGAGGCCGUUUUGGCGGGAGAGGGCGAGGAGAGCCGAGUCAAACGGGAGGAGACGGAGAGCUGGAGCCUGUCGGUGAGACCUCCCACUCCGACGGGAGGAGAGGAGAAAACCGACGGGGUGAAAACGGAGAGCGAGAGCAGGAUGGUAGCCGCGCGAACCAAACCGCUCGCGCCCAACUCCUCUGGCCGGAAACAGAAGAGACCAACCAAGAGGAGCCGCAGGGAACAGCGGAGGGAAUCCGGGUCCGACUCGGACUCGGACGGGUCCUCGUCGAGCUCCUCCUCCCGAUCCUCCUCCUCCUCCUCCUCCUCGUCUUCGUCGUCGUCGCGGUCGGGUUCCAGCUCGUCCUCCUCGUCCUCGUCCUGUUCCUCAGGCUCCUCGUCGUCAUCCUCCUCAUCAUCGUCUUCCUCAGAUGACAGCGAUAGUGAAGAAGUGCCGAAGAACGCGUCUGCCGUGGCAAGCGUGAAAGGUUUUGAUGAGGACAGUGUGGCUUCUCUCAGUACAACCCAGGACGAUGCCCCGGACAGUAACGUGACUGAGAACGGCCUGCCUAACCUCUCCCACCCUUUCCAGGGAGGAUACAUGCUCGCUGCCUCCUACUGGCCAAAAGACCGGGUGAUGAUAAACAGGUUGGACAGUAUCUGCCAGGCGGUGCUGAAGGGGAAAUGGCCGGGCUCACGACGGGCGUACGAGGGCAGCGCCGUGGCCUCUUUCUACACCACCAAACUCCUCGACAACGCCGCGAGUCUCAAUGAGGACGCUUCUGCUUCCCCGCAGGGUUCAAAGGUGAAGAAGCAUGUUCCAGAAAAGGAGUUCUCAGUCAAAAUCAAUGACCAGGAGGGCAGUCUGAAGCUGACCUUCCAGAAGCAGGGCUUGCCGUUGAAGAGGCCGCUGGAGGGGGAGGAGGGUCCGCUGGCCCAGCAGCAGCAGUACCUGGCCCGUCUCCAGGAGCUCCAGAGCGCUUCAGACACCAGCCUGGCCGACUUCUCCAAACCCCAGCCCGGCUACCCACAAGGCCUGGCGGGUCAGAUGAGGCUAAACGGAGCGACGGACGGACAACCGGUGGUGAAGAGGAGGAGGGGAAGGAGGAAGAACGUCGAAGGCAUGGAUCUUCUCUUCAUGAACCGAAACAGAGCUCCGGCAAUGCCUGAGAGAGCUCCUGCAGGCUGGACUGGAAACAGUGCCGCCAGCGUGCCAGCUGCCUCCGGCCUGGGUUUCCCCCAGGGUCCUGGCCCAGUGGACACGGAGAGUAGAGUUCCCGUCAUCAAUCUCAAAGACGGCACGCGGCUUGCCGGGGACGACGCCCCCAAGCGGAAGGAACUGGACCAGUGGCUGAAAGAGCACCCAGGAUUCGUGGCCGACGUGGGAGCCUUCAUCCCUGGUGUGAACAAAAUGCAGUUCCAGGACGGGCGACCAAAACAGAAGAGGCAUCGAUGCAGAAAUCCCAACAAAAUCGACAUCAACAGCCUGACAGGAGAAGAGAGAGUGCAGAUCAUCAAUCGGAGAAAUGCGCGGAAGAUCGGCGGAGCCUUCGCCCCUCCUCUGAAAAACCUGUGUCGGUUCUUGCAAGAGAACCCUGAGUACGGGGUUCCCCCUGAGUGGGCAGAUGUGGUCAAACAGUCGGGCUACCUCCCGGAGAGUAUGUUUGACCGCAUCCUGACUGGCCCCAUUGUCCCAGAGGAAGUGAGUCGGAGGGGUAGACGGCCCAAGAACGCCCUGGCUAAGGCAGCUUCAGCCGCGGCUAGCGCUGGAGCUAACGCUGCUCUGGGCCUCAAUCCCCUCCUGGCCAACGGUCUUCUGUCUGGCCUGGACUUGCCCACCCUUCAGGCUCUCCAACACAAUCUCCAGAGCCUGCAGUCCCUACAACUCACAGCUGGCCUCAUGGGCUUGCCUAGCGACCCCGCCAACAUGGCCGCCAUGUUUCCCAUGAUGCUCUCUGGCAUGGCCAGUCUCCCCAACCUGCUGAGCAUGAGCGGCCUGCUGGGUAAGCCGGCCCAGGAGGCAGGGACGGCUUCGGGGGCCGAGGACGGCAAGAGAAAGGGGAGCGGCACAGGCGGCGGUAACGGUUCAGGGGAUUCCGGAAGCUCCAAAGCAUCAUCCAACACCUCAAACUCCGACGUCAAAGUCGAAAGGACAGACGGCCAGGGUUCAGCGGCCUCCACUUCUACCACGCCCACCUCCACCCCACUAAGUGCUUCUGCUGCUGCUGCGGGGGCAUCCGCCCACCCACUGGCUCUUAACCCAUUACUGCUCUCCAGUAUGCUCUACCCAGGGAUGCUACUCACUCCAGGCCUUAACCUGCCCGUGGCCAAUCAGCCACAGGGCACAGACACACAGAAAGCCACUCAGCCUGCCCCUUCCUCAGAGACUACGCCUCCACAGCCCAGCCAAUCAGAGGACAGGGUUGAGGAUGAGGGAGAGGAGUCUGCGGAACAGAAGAACAGUGGUCCAGAGGGCUCUGGAAAGGCGGAGUCAUCUUCCUCUGAGUCAGAUAGCUCCUCCUCUUCCUCAGAGGAUUCAGACUCCAGUGACGAUGACUGAGCCUU